UAGCAGUAAACCCAAACCAUUCGCCGUGCAAACCUCCGCGUUUUGCAGCGACACUGCUCCCGCUCCGUGUCGGUAGUCCAGUCACCCCCCACGCCACGCAGAGGUCGUCGUCUCCACGACCACCACCACCCCAAAACCCGAGCUCGCAUCCCGCACACCCAGUAGUGGUGCCCGCGCACUCCUCCUCCUCCAUUGCACCAAACGGUUACAAGAACGAGACAGAGCAAGCGUCAAGCGAGGAGGAGGACGGGGACGAGGAUGCACCACGCCAAGACGGACUCGGAGGUGACGUCGAGCAUGGCGGCGUCGUCGCCGCCCCGGGCGGCGUACUACGUGCAGUCGCCGAGCCACGACGACGGGGAGAACAAGACGGCGGCCUCGUCCUUCCACUCCUCCCCCGCGGCGUCCCCGCCGCGCUCGCUGGGGAACCACUCCAGGGAGUCCUCCUCGUCCCGCUUCUCCGGCGCCAAGGGCGGCGCCGGCUCCGGCUCCUCCCGCCGCGGCGGCGUUGGGGGAGGAGGAGGAGGCAAAGGCGGUGCCGCCGGGGAGGCGGGACGCGGUGGGCGGCGAAGCCCGUGGAUGAAGGAGGAGGCCAUCGAGGAGGAGGGCCUGCUGAUGGAGGACGACGACGACGCCGCCGGCGGCGGCGUAGGCGGCCUCCCGAAGCGGUGGCGCUACGCUCUCGGCUUCGUCGGCGCAUUCUUCGCGCUCUUCUUCUUCUUCGCGCUCAUCCUCUGGGGCGCCAGCCACAACCAGAAGCCCGUCGUCUCCAUCAACAGCAUCACGUUCCACAACUUCGUGAUCCAGGCGGGGACGGACGCGUCGCUGGUGCCGACGGAGCUGUCGACGAUGAACGCCACGGUGAGGAUGACCUUCCGCAACACCGGCAGCUUCUUCGGCGUGCACGUCAGCGCGCAGCCCGUCACGCUCUACUACUACCAGCUCCUCAUGGCCUCCGGCAACGUGAAGUACUUCUACCAGCCGAGGAAGAGCUCGCGGCACCUGGCGGUGGAGGUGCUCGGUGACAAGGUGCCGCUCUACGGCGGCGGGUCGGGGCUGAGCAGCACGCCGGUGAAGGGCGCGCCGCCGGCGCCGGUGCCGCUGCAGCUCACCGUGCGGUUCAGGUCGCGGGCGUUCGUGCUGGGGAAGCUGGUGAAGCCCAAGUUCCGCACCGACGUGCAGUGCAGCGUCAAGCUGGACAUGGCCAAGCUCGGCAAGGCCGUCUCCCUCAACAAGGCGUGCAGCCUCGUCUAGGGCUUCCAUUUGCUCUUGCUUGCACGCAUGGCAGCGAGCUGUAGCUACUGACCAUCGUGUCAUCUAAAAAAAACUUCUUUUUCUGGCUCUUUUUUGUCGGAUAUAUAUAUAUAUAUACACACACACGAUAUUGUCACUGCAUGCUUGGGAGAUCGAAACCGACCCGGAUGUGUGUACAGGGAAGUUUUGUCGCGAAACAUUUUGAGAUCGAUUGGGUGGAUGGAUAAUAA